GGCAGGAGCGGGGCUGGCGGCCGCUGAGGUAACAGGAGCGGAGCGCGGGGCUCUGCGGGGGCGCGGACCCGCCUCUUCCGCCGGGUUUGACACGGCAGCGGCGGCCCCGGUGAGGUGGGACGGAGGGCGAGUGAGCGGCUGUUGGGGCCCUGCCCAGGCGCGAUGCGGCGCGGCGGGAGUUCUACGGACCGAACCCAACCCCUGCGGGCACCGGGGCAAACACUGGUUGCAUAGUUACCGGGAGCGUCGGCCUCCUCGGGGCGGGUGCGGAUCACCGGGACGGGGGUAGCGCCUCUCGGCUCCGGUCGCGCCGCCGCUGUCCGGGCUGGAAGCGGCCGCUGCUGCUCGAAAGCAGAAGAGGGUCCGGGCUGAGCCGUCUGUGCUGCCCAGCAAAGGGCCGCCCGGCCCUGCCCGCUCCCGCUGGCCCGGACGUGCCGGCAGGACGGUGGUCGCCACCCGCAGCCCGUGUCCGUGUGUCCCCACAAGGCUGGCGCUGUUCGCAGGCAGCUUUUCUUGAGCAGCAAGGAGAACAACGCUCCCCUUGGAAGCCCGUGUUUUUGUAAACUGGGUAACUGAUGCUUCUGUAAAAACCUGGCUUAGCCCGUUCCUGCUCAUGCGUGAAUCUUCAGGAGCAACGAGACUGCAGCGUGUUUGCAUCAAUCAGGGUUUUCGUGAUGCCGCCAGUGCUGGUGCCAGGUCCAUUGGAGCUCAUGUCAGGGUAAACUGUGAAAGUGUGCAGCUGCCCUGAUGCUCUCAGCUGGGCUGGAAUGUCUCCCUGAUUCUCCCGUGUCCGCUGCAGCAGAGGAGCCGCACACUGGGCUACCGGCUGGCAUCUCCCCCAGACUUAUGGCCGUGUCAGAGCCUCAUGGCGGCUUGGAUCCAAAAUCUGCUGUGUCAAGGCCUGGGCUGGCACGUGGUGACAGUCGGUUGGCUGAGCAUCGAAGGACUUUGGGAGUAGAAAACCUUUGCCAGAAGACCGAGGGUUGGGAUGAUACACUCAAGGUGAUUUCUCGUGGGCCAACUGAAUCCCUUGCUGGAGAAUUACUAAAGACUGGAGACCUUGAAGAGGAUGAAAAAGACAAAAAAAGAAAAUUUGGAAAACUGGACUGUUCUGGCGAUGGAUAUUGCAAAGAAGACACAGAGGCUGAGGAGUAUCGCGCUGAAUGCUGUGUGUUAACUCCUGGGGAAAGCCGGACAAAACAAGAGGAUCCUCACUUAAACCAGCAUGAAGUAAAGUCUUGGAGAACCUGUUGCACUCAAGUAGCGGGAUCUCCCAAGAACACAGGUGCCUAUUUCAGUUGUACAUCCCUGUCUGCUCCCUGCUUCUCCUCAGAAGAAAGCCAAGCAAAUGUUCAGGUGCCGGCUGCAACUCUGCCUGAGCUCACUGAAGAAGCACAAGGUAUGAAGGCUGAUGUGAAUAGGAUAUUUAGUAAAGCAGGAUACAGGAAUGACAGAGUGAGUAAAGGUCUUGCAGCUGAGAGCGAUGAAUGCUCAGACAUAGACACAGUCAUGGCCAGAGCUGGGGUUUCAGAAACCAGCAUGUUAGAUUUUUUAGAGCCUUUAAAAGUCACGGACAUUGAAUCAGCCACAGAGCAUCCACAAGAAACAAAUGAAUAUAAUGGGUUGAAAGCCCACACUGCCAUGCCAUUGAGAACAGGGGGGAAUGUUGUAUCUAUAUUCAAGAGGAGAGAAGAAAAGUUACUCAGACAAAAUCCUGUUAAUGAAUUCAGUAUGUCACUUGCUAAUUGCCAGACUCAUCAGCAGGAUGAAGAAAACAAGGCUCAUGACUUCUGUACUGGUCCUUUACCCAAACAUAAUGAACCUCAUAGGUUGUCAUCAGCAGAAAGUUGUAGAGCACCCUCCAUUAAAAGUUCUGAAGCUUUAUGUUCAGUUCUGAAAUGCAUCUGUUAUCUGGACUUUAGAAAAAUGCCACUAAAAACCAGUAGAACUGCAGUCCAUGGAAUUACCAAUGAAACCACAUCUGUACCACUAGAGCAGGUCUCAGUGGCAAGGAGCGAAGGAUUAGCUAGUGCUGAAACUAAUCACAGGGAAGGAAGUGCUAGUACAGGUAAAUCACACCGCUCUGAAUUUGAAGAGCCUACUGAAGACUGGAGAAAAAUUGCUAUGGGAGAGAACGUUGACGUUGGUAGCUGGCCUGAAGCUCAAGAGGGUGCUAAUUCUGAGCAUCAUCAUUCUUCAGCUUUUAGUUCUGUUGCUUCAUCUCCUGAGGAGUUCUCAAAAGAAAAAUUAAAAAUGGUUGCAUCGGAAGGUGAUAAGUUGAAAAAGGACAAGUGGCAAUUCUUUGUCAGUGAUCUAGGCAAGGAUGAUAUAAAAGAAAAUAGCGUGUCGAUGGAAAUGAACAACAUUGCUUCCUGUGAAACUGGACAGACAGACCUUUGCUUUUAUAAUACCUCCAGUAAAAGUUCUGUUCCUGGCAGCCACAGCUGUCUGGGUCUUGGUACCAAGCUAGAAGAAUAUUCACCUGAGACACAACUGCUUGAAAAGGAAUCUGAAAGUAAAACAAGAUCAGAAGAGUUGGCUGGCAGUUUAGUUGAAGCUACAGAAGCUGAUAGUAAUGAUAAUUUGUCCAGUAGCAAAGAAACUAAUUGGAUUCAUACACUAAGUGUACCUCUACCUCCCGUUGCACACAAAUCAAGAGAACCUCAUCGUAGUGAGUGUCCUCCUUGCACUGUUAAUGAAGUUUCAAGAAGAGACAAGGCUCAGGAUAAUCCAUCUGGAAAAGAAUCAUUUGGUGAUUCUGGAACAACAGGACAAGUUGCUGAAGUUAUGCUUCAUAAAGACAGAUUCAAGUCUUCAGUAAGUUCCAGGACUUUUGACAACCCGAGUAUGACAAGCAAAAUUUCCCAAAAGAACACAAAGUCUUCAGUGGGAAAUAGAGAGAGUGUGGUCACCGGUUUAGAAAAUGAACAUAGUGACACGUGGAACUGUAAGAAUCAAAGUAUGAAAGAGCAGAGCACAGCUGCCAGUACUUCCUGUAUUUUAUCAGGGAGCACACAUGUAGAUGAUGUUCUCCCGAGCUGUCGUUCUUUUAAUGGUGAGGUUGGUAAGAAGACUGAAAAUAAUAAUUUGGAAAGAGAAGCUUCAGCUGGAUAUAAUAGUAAAAAGGCAAUCAUCUUUCCGGAAACACAUUUCCCUUUGGCAUGUGGAUCUCUUGCUUGGGAAGACGACUGUGGAAACGCAGGUGAGGAUCUGCAUGGGGUAAAUGACAUUUCCACUGCAAAAACCAUGUUUUGCUCAGCCUAUACUGCAGAGAGGUCUAUUGCUACCUCGGUAGGAGAUGAGAUCUCAAAUAAGAAUAUGGAAGCUGGGAAACAGUUUGAUCUUUGUAAAGUAACAGAUGUCAGUGAAAUUGUUUACGACAGAGAUGAGGCAAAAGAACAAAUUGGCAUGUGUGCUCUCCAGGGAGAUGAAGUUGAUAAAACAAGAACUGCAGAUUCUCCGAAGGCCCCUGAAGGCAAUCAGAGACCUAGGACUAGCCAACAGCUAUUAGUCAGAUAUUUGAACAAAAAAACCCGUGUUCAUAAUUUUGGAUUUUGCAGCUCUUCAUUAGGCCCUAGGAAGAGAGAACUAGGUACAUAUGAAAAGAAAGAAGUGUCAUCGCUCAUGGCUAAUGCCUCUGAGUAUAGCACUUCAAUCUGUGAUACACAUCCCUUACUCAGCAAUGCAAACGUUCAAAGACAACAUGCUAGCCAAACAAAAAAGACCCUUUGUCCAAUGGAAAAUCGGUGUCUUGCACGUCAGAGUGAGUUUCACGGCCCCGUUCCAGGCAGCAAGCAACAUUCAGAAAGUUUAAACAAACAACCAAAUAUGGGCUUACGAACUACAGCUACUUCUGUAGAAGAAACCAAAAUACCAAUUGGCUCUAGUCAAAGUGAAGAGAUACUGUUAAAACCAGGUGACGACCCGCCUCCAGUAGUUCAUAAAUAUGGAAGAGAGGACAGUUUUCAAGGAACUCUAAAAGACAAUGUAUUGGAUUUGGACUCUUUAAAUGGUGUGAGAAAUGAAGACUGUUCAGGACACGUGGGCUUUGUCAGUGACCUAAUUGAGAAGACAACCAAACCAAAAGACCAGAAGAAAAGACGUGAAACAGAAGUUAAAGGAACUGUUGAAGAAAGCUUUUCUGAUAGCAAACGGCAUUGCUCGGAGCAUGCUUGCUUUAUCAAACGUGCAAAAGAGAAAUCAGAGCUAGAGUUUGCAGGAAACAAAAUGCAUCAAUCUUUGCCAAAGGUGAAGUGGUUGAUGGAAGACCAGGAAAAUACAGUUAGGGCCCAAUUUUUGCCCUCUGCAUCAAUUCAUGGUAGUCUGGCAUAUAAGACAGAAAAUAUGAAUGUGUUUUCAGAUACAAAAUCCAAAAAAAGUCUGAGAGUAAAAUCUACCUUAUAUGACUCUUGCCUGCAGUUGACAUUUGAGCCUGGCCAGGAAACUGAUGCUCUACCAGGUGUAGGUCCAUCCCACUUGAGAAAGUUUGACAUCCAAGAAUCUUUUAAUCAGACUUGGGUGGAUUCAGAAACAACAUCAGCUCUGCACUUGGGAAUCUCUGUGCAUGAGAAAGAAAAGCUCUGUCUGUUGUCUGACAAUGCACAAAUAGAUAAUUGUGAUUCGUCUCCAGCUGAAGCUUUUAGCAAAGAUUCUUCAGCGACAAAACCUCUUUCUGUAACAACAUCUGUUAAAAGAAAAGCCAGCAAUACCAAGAUUGCCUCUUCAGAGAAUGAAACAGCAACUAGCUUUGUGAAAGAUGCAAAAAGCUCACGAGCUUGUGCACACAGCAAGGGAAGUCUGAGAGGUCAGGAGCAUACCAUGGUAACUGUAGAAGACGUGACGGUGACUGCACAGAAGUGUAGUCGCUAUGGAGAGCAGUUUAAGAAUACGUGUGUCGAAGAGAAGACGAGAAGAGAAGUAGCUCCGAGAAAAAUGUUACCCGUAGGUUCUUUUUGUGAUGGAGAAGAUCGUCUGUGGGCCUUUUUGGAAGAUUCAAAAGAGUCUGGUAGCAAACCAGUCCCUCUCAGUACUGAGAAUUAUGAAAAGGUUUUGGAAGAAACCCCAGGAUCUAACCUAAAUAAUCCUUCAAAAAAAAGAAAAAAUACUACAAAGCUCACAAACGUAGCACGUACGCGUCUGCUUUCAAAAACUGUGAGUGGUUGUCAAACUGAAGAUGCGUCUAACAUAGAAACUUCCCCAGAAUUGCCCACGUUUUAUUCAUAUAUGGGUGUACUAUCAAACAGGUGCAAAGAAUCAGCCCCAAACCGUGUGGUUUGCAGUGAAGUGUGUGUGCCUUACGAAUUGAAUGCACAGAGCAAAGAUAACAUGAAGCAGGUGACAGAAGGCCAGGACACUCUACCAGCUCAUCCAGUUUGUGAGGGAAACGAGGCUUUAGGUUCAGAGACACUUGGUCAAAUAGAGAAAUGUCAGGUACUUAAACGAAAGAAGAAGUGUGAGAAGAUGAAAGUACAUCUGUCAGACAAGCCCCAACAAGAACAGAAGUCAAAAUAUCAAGAGAAAGCAAAAAUCACACUGCAGCCAGGUGUGUUGCACAGUUCUGAACUCUUACACAGCUCUUCAAAUGAGUUGGUGACAUCAAGAAAUACGAAGUUUGAAGGUCCUUCAGAGGAGACUUUUGCUGUCAGAAGCAGUGAAAAUAAACUAUGUAGCACUUUACAAGAAGUUAAAAGGCCAAAGAUUACCACAGAUAUUAUUGGUUCACAGUUUUUGAAGACUCAGGAUUCAGAAAUGGAAAACCUGAACCUUAAUUUAGUGUAUGAUGGAAUCCCUGGUGCCUUUGGAACUACAAAUAAACCAAGAGGACCUCUUCCAUUAAAAAUACAGCCUGGAAGGACAUGCAAAAAAGUUCCCACAUCAUAUCAGCUAAAAACUGUAAGAAAAGGCAGAAAAAUUAAAAGUUUACCUUUUGAGAUUCCCCCAGAAAUACUCCCUAAGCAAGAAAGCACAUUUCUCAAAUCGUUGUACUUUCCACGUGAACCACCGACAAUGGAAACGGAAACAGCCGUGGGAUUAAUGCGCGUACCAAGGCAGAGGGCCAAGGGGUGCAGUGUGUUGAGCAGCUUGAAAUUUAGGAAAAGUACCAAAGAAGCGGCACUGUUGAGCAAGCUGGCUGCAAUGGCCAGCAAACUCCUGGCACCUGCCAAAAGCAUCCAGAACUUUAAACCUCUGCCAUAUUCUUCUGAAAUUCUUCCAGUGGCUGAGAGGUGCAGCCAGCGUAGAUCUAAAAAUCUAUUGGAAGCCUUUUCUUGUAUUAACAGGAACUUACACUCCCGCUGGGCUGACAGUUGGUGCACCAAGAUGUUCAGCUUUCAGCCUUUGGCACUUUAUCCUGCAGAAUCUACCAAAAUACUUUUUUCAGACUUGAGCCACAAGCCUCCAACCUCGUUCUUGGAUACCCAGUUUUUCCCAAUUUCUUUUCGCAUAAAAUUGGACUCCAGUCCUGUGACAGACCUCACAGGGAUGAUAUCCCAGCGCUCCACACAUCACACACCAGUUCGGGGAGAAAUGCCAGCACCGCCUUCAGAGUGGACUUUUUCUUUUCUGCUGUCUCAGAGCUGCUCAACAACAGCUUUCAAGGAAGAUUCCAAUCCAGAUAACGAGCUGCAUUCCUCUCUCUCUAUAACAACCCCAAGGGCUGUUGCCCUUCAUCCCGGCUGUGGAAGAAAUGCUGUAGCUGAAAGAAGAGGAGGUUGCUCCAUGCUUGGCCUUCACACAGUGUUAGGACUUUCUUCCCCUGGAUGUUACAGGAUUUGGACGAGAAGAAGAAACUUAACCAGUCAUAUUCCUACCAUCCAGAGACUAUUUAUAUCACAAUUUGCACAAGGUGUGAAAGGGACAAGGUUUUCAGCUUCUGUAUCGGAUGAGCCCAUCUCCUCAUUGCCAUACUCCCUGGGCAGGGCGCUAUCCAUGUGGAGUCAGCAUGGUCCUUCCGCCCGCCCCUCCGAAAUCACUCCUCUCCAUUCCAGUCACUGCACGUGGCAGCCAAGUGUGGGCAUCGAGAACAGCUAUGCCGUGUUACCGCACUUACCUGUACAGAGUAUGGGAGCACUACAGACCGCAGGGCAUGAGAUAUGUCUGGAAACUUCAUUCCCUCUUCCAUUCCCAAAGUCCUGCUCGCUUCCAGAAUCAUCACCGUCUCCCCCCAAGCUUUCAGCAUCUGAGCUCCAGCUCCGUGCCCGUGAUGAAGCUGAUGCUUCUGUUCCAGCCUGUCUUAGGUCCCAGGAUGACACAGAACUGAACAAAACUGAGCCAGAAAAGAGGCCAAAGAAAGUCUCACAGAUCCGAAUCAGGAAAACUGUUCCUAAACCAGACCAUAACCUUACUCCAAUGGGACUGCCCAAACCAAAAAGGCUUAAGAAGAAAGAAUUUAGUUUAGAAGAAAUUUACACAAACAAGAAUUACAAGUCCCCUCCUGCAGCCAGGAGCUUGGAAACAAUCUUCGAAGAGCCCAAGGAGAAAAAUGGGUGCUUGAUCUCCAUCAGCCAGCAGAAGAGAAAGCGGAUUCUAGAGUUUCAGGACUAUACUCUUCCCCGGAAAAGGAAGACACGAGGCAAAAUCAAAGUAGUGGGUAGUUUCACCCGAGCAAAAAAAGCUGCGCUACAGAGCGCAGAGUUAGACGCUCUUCUGAGUCAGAAGCUAAUGGACCUCGAAGCCUUUUUUGCAGCGGAGGCUGAGCAGGAGCAGGUCUCUAGCAUCUGAGGGAGCUGUUUAGCUGAAAAUGGUCCCAUCAGCUCCUUUAGUCUUUUAGUUGUUUUGGGAGGAAUCUACUGACUUCUUCAUAUGUUAUUCUACUGUUCUGUUCUCAUAGCCAGUGACCAGUUUUUGCCUGUGGCCCUCUUUAAGGUGCUAUUUUUUUUAAUUUUUGUUUUUUUAAUGCUAUUGGAGGGAUUCUUUUAGGUCCCUGUUUGAGUGUAACACAGCCACAGAGAAUUUACCAUUCCUUCUCCAGCCUCUGGAAAUUACUGCUAAUGUUUAAUUACAUUUAACCACCUUCUGGGGGUAGAAUAGGAGUGUAAAGGAGGAAGCAGCACAGCUUCAGUGAUGCUAGAGCUCUGUACUCCGGAUCAUUUGCACAUUUGAGUCUGCUGUUGUUACCGUGGCUAUUUUGAACAACCUGACAGAAGAGACAUGGUGUUUGAUGAAGAUGAAUUCUAGCAAGCACAUUCUUGACAUACCACUAACUUUUUAAUAAUUAAAAGUAGCUGUCUGGGUUUGCUUUCAAUUGUUUUGUUUUCUUCUGUUUGCUUAGAAUGUUCCUUCUGAGUUUCUGUGCCCUUUCUGGCUUCAGGCAGCAGAAGCCCCACAUAACCAGACUUUAAAUAACUUGCACUUUGUAUGUUUCUUUAUUUGCCGCAUGAGGACACCUUUAAACAUGACCGAGCUCAAAAAAGGUGAUAUUUCCAGAAAAAAAUCAUGCCUGGUACUAAUUUUUCCUAAAUAGUAGAGUUUUUACCUAGUUGGCCAGUGCCUACCUCUUCUCCAGAGGAAAAGGUAAUCAGCCCGCAAAGAUGUUAAGCUGCAGGUGGCCUCCAGUUAACUGAGCUGAGCUGCUGUAUGCAGGGAACACCAGCAAAAUCUUUGAGACUAAUUUCUGAGUUAUUUUAAUUCUAGUAAAAACAUUAAUUGAUUUUGAUGUCAACAAGAAAAUAAUUAUUUCUCCAUCUUGAGGUUUUUUUUACCAUUUUACAUUCACAAUUCAUGUAGCCCACAGUUGGAUAUUCUCUGUACAGCCCUGUUGUACAUAAUAGCAAGUGUUGCACAAAGAGCCUCCUGGCAUGUGGACAUUUUUAGUUUCUUUAUGUAAGGCCAUUUGUAAUUAUCUGAUGCAGCACUGGGCAAUUUCUCAGCUAUACCUUUUGAAGGAAGAGAGCUCCCUUCUGGGAUAACUUCAGUUAAACUUGAAGCAUAAUUCAAAAUGAAUGCGAACUGCUGUUCAGGUCAAGUCUGUCCUUUAGUGCCUAUAGAUGUUAUUCAGGCAGAGCUGUCAUUGCUGGGAUGCUCAAAUCUAAUUAGUCUGUUCUUUCUUUCACUUGUCACUCGAAACUUGCACUUUCUUAUUUACCUACCCAUAUAAAAGAGUUUCUAUUUACCUUCAAAAUGAGCAAUUAUCUAGUGGGUGGGUAUAUUUAAUAAAGUCCCAAUAAAUGCAGGACUGAAAAUACCAUCAUCAUCAUCAUCUGUUGCUCUGCCACUUCUAUUACUGACCAAACAAAAAACUAAACAAGCAAUGUGUUGAAUUCCAGAGCUUUGAAAGUAAAGAAACGAGAGAGGAUUAUUACACUGUGUGUGCCUGAGUCUUGAAAGAAGUGUGAUCUGGGCUUGUUUUGCUCCCAGCUUAUGUGCCAGGAUUCCUAGAAGUUUACAUUCUUGUUUUGGAGGCUAAUUAUCUUUAAUCAGGAAGACUGAAGAAAAAAAAUAGAGGAGUGCAUGCUUAAAGUGGUGGUGUUUGGGUUUUGAGGUAAAAUAACAAGGCAGGCCAACUUUUAAUCAUAUUGAGAUACUAUUUCAGCAGUAAGGUCUGGUAACCUAUUUGGGCUGCUGUUGAACAUUUUAAUUGAUCCUCUUUAUUUUUAUAAAAAGAAAUCUCUAGAAAAUAAAGGUUGAUUGCCUUUUAAAAAAUGUUCAAAACUUUCCCUAUACUGGUUUAAUAGCCCAGUUAUUGACUGGUUGGAAGUUGUAUCAAGAGUGAGAUAUAUAUUUUUAUGGUUUAUGCUAUAGAAUGGGAUUGUUACACAGCAUUAACUCACUUGCUGUUAAAAUGGGAGGCUUUAGUGCUGUGACACAACGGAGCUGUAGCUUUACUGGGGCUUUUAAGAACACAAGGAUAUGGGUGGGGAGGGGGGAAACUUGGGUCCAGACAAAUUUCAAACCUCUAAUGUGCUUCAAAUGAUGGAAUGCGUUGCGUUUUCCUGUGGGGUUCUGGUGGGUUGGUUGGGUUUUGUGUUUUUUUUGUCUGCUUCCCAGCUCUGUCUUGUUUCUGCUUGCUUUGAAAUAACAUUUCUUAGCUUUCUUUUUAACAGCUACAGCAGAGAGAGCAGAGCACGGAAGACUCUCAGUUCUCUUUUGUUUACAGUAAUUGGAGGAGUUAUAACAUGAUGUUGCGUAGCUUGUCUCAGACCUUAGUUUGUGGAAACCAAAAUAUACAGCAUUAUUGUGUUUUGGUUUAGCGUUUGUAUGAUGAUAGAAAUGUAAGUUGGGACAGAGCAUCAGUACCCACCCCCCAGCAUGCAGAUGUCAGUCAUGCUUGUACACUUUUUUUAAUUUCCUUUCCCACCUCUGUUCCUGUUCACAGCACUCGUGGAACAGCCUUGUUCCUUGAGGCUGCUGCUUGUACACGGGCAGUGAUGACUGUGCAGAAGGUAUUUGCCGCUCAGAGCUGCUUCUGUCCCAGAUAGUUGAAAGAAAAAAGUAUAGAAGAUGCAUUUUUGGGAUCUUGCAUAAUUCCCUAGCUGAAGGAUAUGUACACUUGCCUUUCCAUAAAGUGAACCACUCCAGUAAGGAUUUUUUUGAAAGAUGUUGUAGAUGUUGCUCACAGAAUCAUGACUAGAUCGCUCUAAAAAAAAUCUUACCAUUCUACAACAGGAGCAGCUAAGGCUACUUCAUGUGUGUUACAGCAUUUGCCUGGCUGGCCUUGUGGCUGCACACAUUUUGAGUUCUGAUGCUUGCUGGAUAUGGUUGUCUGCAAGCAGAUCUCAUUUAUUCCAUUUUAUUUGAGGUGGGCCUUUGGUAUUUUAUGUUCCAGGUGCUCUUCUAGAAUAUGGAUGGUAACUGUGGAUUUAAAGUCUAUAUGAUGCUAUCAAGUUAGCAAAUAGCGAGAAUUUGUACACUUGUGCCAUUAGCCUCCAUCGUGCUCUUGGCAUUUUGUUUCUGUUCAAUAUUGUGUGAAUCUCAAGUUCUACUGCUUCUUUUGUGUGUGUUUUUAAUUUAUGGAAAUAAAUUUUUCUGAGAACCUUUCA